GGGAUUCUUAUCGCUUGCUUGUAUUUCACAGCUUUUGAACGCAUGCAUUGGUGCGGAUUUAUUCACAUUUUUCUCCUUUUCAUCCACUUAUGGAACAACUCUCCCGCAUGUCCUGAGUGCGAUGUGCUGUAUCUCCUGUAGCCACACCCUCUCACUACUGCUGUGCGUCCUCACCCUGACUCCGACGGCAACAGGGGCGGGCCCUGAGACCCUGUGCGGGGCGGAGCUGGUCGACACGCUGCAGUUUGUCUGUGGAGAGCGAGGCUUUUAUUUCAAUAAACCAACAGGCUAUGGCCCCAGUGCAAGGCGGUCACGUGGCAUCGUGGACGAGUGCUGCUUCCAAAGCUGUGAGCUGCAGCGCCUUGAGAUGUACUGUGCACCUGUCAAGACUCCCAAGAUUUCUCGCUCUGUGCGUUCACAGCGGCACACAGACAUGCCAAGAGCACCCAAGGUUAGUAGCAGAGCGAACAAGGGGACAGAGCGUAGGACAGCGCCUCAGCCAGACAAGACAAAAAACAAGAAGAGACCUUCACCUGGACAUAGUUCAUCCUUCAAGGAAGUCCACCAGAAAAACUCAAGUCGAGGAAGUUCGGGGGGCAGGAAUUACAGAAUGUAGGGAAGGAGCAAAUGGACAAAUGCCCAGCAACUUGGGAGGAGAGAAGGGAGUGGCCUUACCUGGUACCCCUGUGGAAUGGUUCACUGUAAAACAAAAGAAAGAAGAUGCUAAUAAUGACCUGAAAAGCUCUUCAAAAUGAUUGAAAACAGAGAGCUAGGUGGUGUGUAAGGGUCUGAUGUGGAAAAUUGUGAUUAUUUUAUACACUGCACCAUUCCAUACUGGGAGGAAUUCUUUGUUAAUGCAAUGUAACAGACUAGUUUAGCUGCUAAGACACGAACAAGAGCUUAUUAUACCUCCAUGUUGGAGCUGCAGCCUCCCCAGGCUCCAGGAAAGAUGGGAACGUAUCUGGGCCUCAGCCAAUCAGAGAGCAGCAUGGCUGUGGCUCGGUCACAUUUAACAGUUAGUACCCCAGUUCAAAGCUGAUAUAUUACCUUCAGAGUUUGUUUUUAUGCACCAUCCAUUACUGUGGAUAUUUUUAUUAUGUAAAAAAAAAUAAAAAAGGUUUGCUUUAAGGACAAAGACCAGGUGGUUCAUCACAGUUUAAACAUUGUUGUAGGUAUUUUAACUUGAGUCUAAGUCUAAACCUUACUAAGAGGAGUCGCUGGAAGGUUUGAGAUCAGUCCAAAUCCCUCUUAAGCCCCAGGAAGUGUUCAAAACCUGAGGACUGAGUCUACAAUCCAAACAUUAUAAAAGGAGCUCAAGCACUAUUAGAGGGGAUUUUAAAGAAAGUGGGUAGUACAGAAGGUACUACAAAAAAAAGACUGGGAUUUUUCACAUUUUCCAAAACAGAAAAACAAAUUAACCAGAAGCUAAAACUGAGUUCUCGUUUGGUCCUCAGAAGUGUGUCAUUCGGUGAAGUCAAAGUGCAUUUGGCAAACUGAAGUGGAACAAGUCAAAUAAUGACAAUCAGGCAAAAUGUUUGUCGUCUGCAUCCUUUCACAUGUCAACACCCCAGCCAAAUUUGAUUUUUGACAACAGUUCAGUCAACAUUUCAGUUUGAGUGGAAACCUGUGUUUAACCUUGAACACAGGUUUCCACUCACAACCCGUGUUCAAGGGUAAACACGAUGUUAUGAAAGUUUAGUCAAAGCAAGUGCUCUAAAAAGAAGUACAACCGUCACACGUAUGAGUUUAAGUGACUGAUCUUGACCUGGAUAUUUUAUUAGCUUAGGGAGGAUGAGAACUUUGCAACUUUAUCUGAUGGCAAGAGUAGAAUGAACCUCCACUGCAUUCAUUGCAGAGUGCACCCAAGAAACACGCAUAUUUGGUGAACAUUGGCAAAACCACAAGGACAAAUCUUUCUGGUGAUGUGAUGUUCGCAUAUCAGAACACAAAUACACAUGCAAAAGCACUCACAAGGUAAAUUAAAGUUGUGCAACUACAAGCAAAGGUCAUGCACACAUACACCAACUUUCAUGAAAAGCCAGUUCUGAGAAGUCCUUGCAUGAGGACUAACGAAAACGGCUGUUUGUUUAAGCCUCCAAAAAAAAAAAAAAAAAAGAUUAAAAAAAAACGAUAAGAAAAAAAAUAAUAAUUGCCCAAGACGACUCAUCUCUGGCUCUGUCUCCUCUGCCUGUGUAUAAUCAAACAGUAUUCCCAUUAUGUUAACCUAUGCAUUACUAUCAUUCAUUGUACAUGAUGGUUUCAUAUAACAAAACUGUAUUAAGAAUCCUAUCCACUGUAUAAUGGUGCUAUUUUGUAGUUUGUUACUUGCAAGAGAUGGCUAAGAGACUGAUGGCAGGGCUUACAUUGGAGGUCUUCCCUUUUGCACAGCCUUGUGGCCACCAUUUUAAUAGUGUUUUUAUUUGUAAGCUGUUUCAAUAAGGUAGUAGUCUAAGCGAGUAAAUGUAUCUGUGUGAAAUCUGUGAAUGCACGAAGAAUUUAAAAAAAAAAAAAAAGGAAAUGAAUAUACCAUGUUGUGUUCCCAAGAAGGCAAAAUGCUAUUUUUUCUACUGUUUUAAAUUAUUUUCUCAAUAUAGAUCCCUUAUGCCAAAUAACUUGACAAAAGAACUGUGAACAAUGAUUCUUCAAAUUGUAUUAAGAUUGUAAAAAGUCAUCCUGUACUUUUGUCUGUCCAGAUGUGUGUGUUGGUGAUAAUUCACGUAACUGGAAGUCAAAGUACCAGCUAUUGAAAUUACUUAAAACGAGACAAUGCAACCUUUGUCAAACAGCAGACAAUUAGCAUACAUCCAACAAAAAUCCCAAAUGUACCCAUUUCAGUAACAUAUCUAGAGUCUGGAUCUUUAAUUUAAUGACAUAAAUAAAAAAAAGGUCGUUGCUACUCUCGUAGAGACAGAGCACAACUCAGUCUCUACGAACCCUACAAAAGUAGGGCUGUGGACUCAGAGUUGACUGGUCGAUAGUUUAGUUGACACGCUCUUACCUGAUAACAUUUUUAUUGAUUAUACGGUCCUCAGUCUUAUUCGGCUCACAACUAAGGACUCACCCAAACCUGAGUACAUUGACAGAAUAAGAGAUGGGCACUGAAGUCAGCCACUAGUUUGAGAAAUCCUGUUGAGGUCUUGAGCUGAUUUAUUUAUUCCUUUUUUUUUUUUUAACCAUUCUUGGUGCUUUGAAACCAAAAAAGAUGAACUUUGAAACCACACAAAUUUAUAUAGGACCAAAAGUAAUGUUGAAUCUGCAGGAGUCGCCCUCUGGUAGCAUUUGAAAAGAAUACAGGUUUAAACCUCUUCUGCUUUGGCAUCUGGUUGCCUAUGCCUAUGAGUGUCGGCUAGCCAAUGUAAUUAUUAUUUAUAGAUUUAAUUAACUAUUACUCAGAGUCGGUUCCAAAGUAACUGACAACAUUUAAAGUUUGCAGCAUUUUGAAAAUCACAGUUCAACUACCAACAAA